UCUGGCUUCCGGUUUUUCAGUUUUUUUUUGUCGGGGGGUUGAAACUGACACACAAUGAUUCGGGAGGAACAACGGCCUGAGAAAACACGGCUUCUGUAAAUAAACACAACAUUCAGGCGGCCCGACAAACAUGGAGGAUCAGUGUACAGUACAGGUGAAGCUGGAACUGGGUCACCGUGCUCAGCUGCGGAAGAAAGCCACAUCCGAAGGCUUCACGCACGACUGGAUGGUGUUCGUACGAGGGCCCGAGAACAGCGACAUCCAGCACUUCGUAGACAAAGUCAUCUUCCGCCUGCAUGAGAGCUUCCCAAAGCCAAAGAGAGUGUGUAAGGAGCCUCCAUAUAAAGUAGAAGAGUCAGGAUACGCAGGAUUUCUUAUGCCUAUAGAAGUCUACUUUAAAAACAAGGAGGAGCCAAAGAAGGUUCUUUUUAACUACGACCUGUUCCUGAACCUGGAGGGCAACCCACCUGUCAAUCACUUGCGCUGUGAGAAACUCACCUUCAACAACCCGACCCGAGACUUCCGCAAGAAACUGGUCAGAGCUGGAGGAAUUAUCGUGGUACCCGAGGGGGCGGAGCUGGUGUCCAGACCGAGUCCAGACUACCCCAUGCUUCCCACAAUCCCUUUGUCCGCCUUCUCCGACCCCAAGAAGAGCAAAAGUGGCCAGGGGCCGAAGGAGCUCAGUAAAGAAAACAGCAACAUAUCUAAAGCCCCCAAACCCCACAAACUGGCCAAGGAGCAUCGUGAGCGUCCUCGGAAAGAUUCUGAAAGCAAGAGCUCGUCUAAGGGAGAUGCAGAACGAGACGGCAGCAGUAAAGGCAGCCGCGAGCCUUCGUCGUUCUCCUUGUCCUCCACUUCGAAGAAGCCUGAGAUCAAAGUAAAAGAAGAGAGCAAAGCGCCGCCCAAAGCCGCUUUCAAAGAGCCCAAGCUGACGCUCAAGGAGCCCAAGAUGGAAGGAACGAGUCCUAAAGGAGGUGGUCCGGGUGGAGGAGGCGGCGGUGGUGGAGGAGGCGGUGGAGGAGGGGGAGGGGCCGAGAUCAAAACUGGGAGCAAGCGCCCUUCCAAUGCCGAUUCACCCAAGUCCAGCGUUAAGAAACCCAAAAAGGGAGGAGGGGAAAACCAGAAAAGUUCAGGAGGUGGGGCUUUUCCAGGCACCUCCCCCCGGGUCUUGUCGUCCUCUUCCUCCUCCUCCAUGCCUCCAGCACCGGGUUUUGGAGACAAGAAGAGCUCGAAGCAAAGAGCGUCAUGGAUCAAGAAUAAACCCGAGACCCCGGAGGUCAAAGAGCAGAAGAAGCUGCCCGAUUCAGACGAGUCGAACUCUGACGACGAGCUAUCGUCCAAGUCUGAGGUCAGAGCGAGAUCAGCGCUGCAGAUGCAGUCUGCACCCUCCAGUCCAUCAAACUCUAGUUCCAGUUCGGAGUCCAGCUCUGACUCCGACUUUGAGCCGCAACAGAAACAAGGCCAAGGACCUCUGCGCUCCAUGGUGGAGGACAUGCAGUCUGAAGAGUCUGAUGAAGAUGACAGCAGCUCGGAUGAUGAGACACCAGUGAAGAACAAUCCUCCUAAUCGUGACUCCAGGUUGAGUUUAGACAGCGAGAGCGACAGCAGCGACGGACCUCACCGACCCAGCCGAGACCCACCGCCCCCUGCGCCCAAACACACCUCUGCCUCCAAUAAUAAUAAGGUGACGGGGAGGAAGAGUCCCGAGCCGUGUCUGAGGCAGGAGAAGGUGAUGAAGAAGGGCUACGACAAGGUAGGAAGGGCAUACACAGAGGAGUUAGUGGACCUCCAUCGCAGACUAAUGGCACUGCGAGAAAGAAAUGUCUUACAGCAGAUCGUGAACCUGAUCGAGGAAACGGGCCACUUCAACGUCACCAACACCACCUUCGACUUCGACCUGUUCUCGCUGGACGAGUCGACUGUGCGCAAACUGCAGAGCUACCUCGAGGCCACAGCCACGUGACAGGAAGCGGGGCGGGUCAGAAGGGGGGGCGGAGCUUGCCCUCAUUCUCCACACCGAGCUUGAGGGUGGGCUCAAAGCGCGGCUGGAGGAAAAGCAAGAGAAGCGGCGGCGUGAACAGAAUCAUCAGCGAGGUGUCAGGAAGACGAAAGCACAGAGAGACGGAGAGAGAGAGAGAGAGAGACGGAACGAAGCGACGACGUCGGGGUGGCACUUCCUGUCCGAGCGGUGGCGAUGUUCUCAGAGCUGUGUGAUGAAGAGCACGGCCGACCUCUCGCUUUUCAGUUUGCUCACGACGCAAACCACAGCCUGCUAAAAAGUGUGUGUGUGUGUGUGUCCUUUUCAUUUUUCCUUCUCUCCUCUUCCUCCAGCACUUGAGCGUUCAUCCUGAAAGUAGCCAUGCUCUCACAUCCAGCUCCUUUUUAAUAUUUUCUUUUUAAUUUUUGUACAGAAGUAUUUUUGAUGGAGGGAGACGUGAGCAAGAUGUGAGAGAUGAGAGAUUGUAGGUUUUUUUUUUCUUUUGACGCUUAGGGCUAGCGCUUAGUGCCUUUCCAUCAACCAGCCGACUGCUCGACUGACGUUCAAGAGCAGUGACGAAAGCUGUUGAAAGCGUUGUGUGACCCUCGGCGUUGCUGACGAAACACACACACACACACACACACUCGUGUGUCCUCCUUUGGUCAUGCCUGAUGCCUGCAAAACUAGUGUUUCCCUCUGACCGCGUCCCGUGGCUUCGCGCCUCCCAGUUUCUUGCCAGUGAGUAUUAACGACUGUGUUUCGCCAAGCAGGCCUUUUAGAGACUCCUUGAAUAUUGUACAUAGAUGUGUGCAACACGCGAAAGUAUUCGGGGAUCAUGUGUUUUUGUUUUUUUUUUUGUUUGUUUGUUUUUUUUUAUAUAUUUUUUUAGGGUUCUCGUCGUGUAACGAUAAAGUGCAGGCGUCCGGUGAACUAAAAUAAAAUUUGCAUGGCGAAAGUGAAGCCAAACGGCGUUUAAUGGAGCAGCAGCCGAGCGUGAGAUGCUGUUUGUCGAUUCUUGUUGUCAUGGUUACUUUCCAACCUGGGUACAUGUCAUCAGACAUCGAUGUGAUGUUCCAGGUUUACUCAUGUAAGUCCCAGCCAGCCAAUCAGAAACGAGCAUUUCCCAGCGUACCGUUCUGUAAUUCGUUCGAGUUAGUUGAAGCCGAGGCUGCGUCUCGAAUCACACACCGUGACCUUUGAUACUUUACCACACGCGAAAGGAGACGACGAGUGUUCGUUAUCCUCGUACUUUAGUUCUUUAAGAGACCGAGGAUUUCUCAUUUCGAACAAAUCGGUUUACGACCUGAUUAAGUGUCGAUCCCAAACGAUUCAUCCUAUAUGAUUCCUCCGAAUCGUUCGAACGAUUCCUGUGCGGUUCAUCGGUUCCCUACUUACUAAAGUUCUGCAGUUUUGCGGAGUACAAAUGGAGGAACGCCGUCCAUCGUCCUUGUGUUUUACUGCACACACCGUGGUUGUUUUCCCACACGCUCUCUCUUAAGCCACGUGAUUUGAGACGCAGCUCGGUUCAGCUCAAAGCUGCGGAGCACAAAGUACGACAAGGAAGGUCGUGAUUUGAGGAUAACGAGACGCGCGCCUUCUCUGGACGUCUGCAGCGACGUCGUUACUCUCACGUUCCCUUUAAGUUCAGCGAGAAAUCUUGAGUCGGUUUUUUAUUUGAUUUAAUAUUUUUACCCCUCACUGUGACUCUCGUGUUUGUCUUCUUUCUUCUCCACGGCCGGCGUUCGGCUUUCUGAUGCUAAUAGGUUUAUGAGGAUUGACAGCAGCCACGCCUUUUUUUUUUUUAACCCUGUAUGUGUGUGUGUGUCUGUGUGUGUAAGAGAGUAGGAGUGAAGAGAGAUGUGUGUGCGUGAGUACGCAAAUCAUUCAGUCCUCUAUUGUGCAUGAACUUUUGACUCCCCCCAAGUCCGGGUUCAUGAACUCUUCGCUUUUGACCGGACGCUUUGAAUCGUAAAAAGGAGGGGGGGCAGGGACGGGUCACUGAAGCGGGCGGGGCUAAGUGCUGUUUGAUUGACGUCUCUGUGUGAAGCGAACCCGAGACCAGUCAGCGUGUAUGUUAAAUAUUAGGUUCUAUUUUUUAUUUGUAUACCUCUGCACUUUUUUUUUUUUUGGCUGUGGUGACUCGAGUACUUAAUUAUUUGAACUGUAUUUUUAAAGAAAAUUUAUACGAUAUUUACAUGCAAUAUGCUUUUUACUGUAUUGUUUUUUUCGUUUCCUCUCACUAUGAUUUCACGUCGGCAUGUUCGUGACUGCAGGUUUAGACCCACGAGACUGUUAUUUUUAUUUGUUGUCGUCGGAGUUUUCUCGGGAAUCCACUACGAGCCUCGAAGAGCAAAACAUGUCCUGGAGCGACGAAGCGGCCGCCGCCGCCGCACCGUGCGCCGCUCGCCUGCACCGCACCUGUGUGACGUAACUAAAAGGAGCGUUAAACACUAAUCCUCCCUUUCCACUUUCACGUGGACUUCGGUUUCCUCAACCUUCUCACACGUCACUCCUUCGCUUCUUCACGUUUCCGGCUACACACGUACACACACACGUAUGUAUAUACAGCAGACGACUCAUCGGUCACCUCACACGGUUGCUCCUUCCUCUCCGGACGCUCCAGGUGCAUUGUGGGAUAUCACCCAGAGACUGACGGGGAGGAGCUUUCUUUCUUCGUGACGCAGUGCUUGUUGUAUCUUUGUGUUCUGGGGAUUAAACAUGUUCGGACGAUGUUUUUGUUUGUUUGUUUGUUUGUUUGUUUUUUUUUUAACAUACCGGGCGCAUGGAACAAAGUCACGACUUUGUGGGGAAUUGAGUGCCACCGUGUGGUCAUCUAAUGCAAGCGAGACGCGCGACGAUGAACGAUGUUACCUUUGUAAUGUUUUUAUCUCAUAAAAAAGUCAUAUGAUUAAUAAACUCAUGGAGUCGUAAUACUCACUCACUCACUCACUCACUCGUUCAUUGUUCUUCAGCUCGUCCUGUUCACACACUCCCUCGUGUACGUGGUGCAUUUAAAGGUAAAAUAAACACGUUUUCCGAAUGUAA